UGAAAUACUAAUACCGAUAUCAUGACACCACAGGAUUUCCGACCAACCGUUUUAUGUGUCAUUUCCAUCAUGAGGCUUUGCUGUAAUGAUGAGACGGUGCAUUAUUAAGAUCAGACGCAUUACAAUUUCAGGCUUUUCGUAUCAGACGUAUUAGAAAUGAGUGUUUAACAAAAGACCCAAAUCCUGUUGUGCAAUAAACCUGUCAUUUACGCUACCCAGUGUUAUUCCUAGACGUCUAUGGGCUAUUGAAAUAAGUAACUUCCCCCAACACAGAAUGCAGAGUGGCAUUUCUGCUUUGUUGAGGUCUUAAGUCGCUCGUCUCAUUUUGGAGAACUUUUUAAAUCAACACUGGAGGUUUGUGCAGCCGCUGAAAUACCUGUUCUUUAUGUACCAUUUCGUCUUUAUCCCUGAGUGAGCGCUUUGGUAAGUUUUUAAUAUUUUUUUUCUAUUACAACAUCAAUUAUGUGAUGCAAAGUGAACAGUUAAUGUUAAUAUGAUUCCAGAUAACCAGGAAUGACUUGAGCUUUACCAAUAGUCAGUUACAUUUCAGUAUUAGUGGCAUAAAUCUGUUGCGUAAACCUACUUUUGUUUUUUAGGUCCUUGUGUGUCGCGCUGGUUUCGAAAAUGGAAACGAUCUUUUUCUUCAGUGCUCUGUUUUUGUCAGGCGUUUGGGCCAGUUGCGAGAGGAAUCCUAAGCUCAUUGUCACUGCGCCAACAAAGGAGUUAAAAGCAUUGACUGGAUCCUGUUUACAAAUCCCAUGUACUUUCAGACCUGAACAAGGACAGACUAUGGACUACUCAAAAAAAAUAUACGGCAUAUGGAUUAAACACGAUCCCAGAAUUGAAUUUGCAGAUAACAUUAUUUUCAACAGCAGUGGAGCACGAACAAAAUAUCCCAUGAAAAUUAUUGGAAACAUGUCACAGAAAAACUGCACUACGUUGUUUUCAAAUCUGACCACACAACAUACAAAUAAAUACUACUUCAGGGUUGAGAACGAGGCUUUCAAGGCAACUGCGUCCUGCCAAACCAUUCAAGUCACUGUAAAAGAUUCCUGGAGCCCGACAAUACAAGUCUCUGGUAAACAGACGGAGACAGAGGUGGUGACUAUAACCUGCUCAGCUGUCACUCCCUGUCCACACGCCCCUCCUCAGCUCACAUGGGACCUCCACCAAGGCACUGCCCACAUCACAGAGACCAACGCAGACGGGACAUUUACCACUAAAUUAACCCAGAAGGUGACUUUAGCCCAGUCUCACGACAGACGACAGAUAAAAUGCACUGCUGCGUAUCGAGUCGAUGGAGAGAUCAAGAUGGCUGCAAAUACAAUCAAGCUCAAUGUUACAUAUGGUCCUAAAAACACCUCAGUGGAGGUCAGUCCGUCCGGUUCACUGUCAGCAGGUCAGACAGUGACGCUGAGCUGCUCCAGCAGAGCCAAGCCUCCUGUCCACCACUUCACCUGGUUCAGACACAGCUCACAGGGACCAGCCAAUGUCAGCCAGGGACACACGUACAGCUUCAACUUCAGCAAAGCCUCACAUGGAGAAUAUUACUGCGAGGCCUGGAAUAAAGUCGGAAAACAACAGUCUCAAGUGAUGCAUGUGGGCCCUGGAGGAGUCAAAGCAGCCAGCAGCUCGUCCCAGUCUAUGGCCAUAGCUGGAGGAAUCAUUGGGAUUCUUCUGGUUGUAAUUGUCAUUUUCUUCAUUUGGAGAUUCAAGUUAAAACACAAACCCUCCCAGCAGACAAGAAGCCUCACAACUGCACAGAUACCAGCAGAUAUAAACAAACAUGAUGAGGUCCAUUAUGGUCAGAUUGACUUCUCCAAAUUUACCCAUGAGUCAAAGGGGCAGCCAGUGCAGGACAAGAACCAGGAAACGGUGUACUCUGCGGUAAAAGUAUCCAACAUGGCCGACGGCAGUUCUAUCUAUACUCCAGUGAAGAACUAAGUGUUGUAUAAAUAAUAUAUACUAAUUGUACGUAGAGAUAUAAAUAUUAUAUAAUUAUAUCGAUAAAAGAAUGUAUCUUUUAUGUUUAUUUUGUUUAAUG